GGGUGCAUUGAAGUUCUACGCUCAAUGAGGUCUCUUGACUUCAGUACAAGAACACAAAUUACCAGGGAAGCCAUCAGCCGCGUUUGCGAAGCUGUCCCAGGCACCAAGGGAGCCCUCAGGAAGAGAAAGCCUCCAAACAAAAUGCUGUCCAGCAUCUUGGGCAAGAGUAACCUCCAGUUUGCAGGAAUGAGCAUCUCCCUGACCAUAUCCACUGCCAGCCUGAACCUGCGGACCCCGGACUCAAAACAGAUCAUAGCGAAUCACCACAUGCAGUCCAUCUCCUUCGCCUCCGGGGGGGACCCGGACACGACAGACUACGUUGCGUACGUAGCCAAGGACCCUGUUAAUCGCAGAGCUUGCCACAUUCUGGAAUGCUGUGACGGGCUGGCACAGGAUGUCAUCGGCUCCAUUGGACAAGCCUUUGAGCUCCGAUUUAAGCAGUAUUUGCAGUGUCCUUCCAAGAUCCCUGUUCUCCACGACCGAAUGCAGAGUCUGGAUGACCCAUGGACUGAAGAGGAGGGAGAUGGCUCAGACCAUCCAUACUACAACAGCAUUCCAAACAAGACACCUCCUCCAGGAGGGUUUGUUGAUGCCCGACUGAAAGCCAGACCCCAUGCCCCUGACACAGCCCAAUUUUCAGGAAAAGAGCAAACUUAUUACCAGGGAAGACACCUAGGAGACCCAUUUGGCGAAGACUGGCAGCAAACACCUGUCAGGCAAGGGCCGGUGGACACGUACAGCAGGCCGGAGGGGAAGGGGCGCGCGGCCCCUGCCGGAGAGGCCCCCACCUACGUGAACGCCCCGCGCUUCCCGCCGCAGGCCGGGGCUGCUGCGGGGCGCAGCGCGGAGAGCAGCCCGAGGAAGGACCUCUUUGACAUGAAACCCUUUGAAGAUGCUCUGAGGAAGCGGCCGGCGGGCCCCGAGCUGAGCGAGGCGGCCUCGGUGGAGCCCAUCAGCCCCGCGCCCCGAAUCCGAACCAGGGACAGGAUCUUCGACAGCAUCAGCCACCUCAUCAACCACCACCUGGAGAACAGGCUGCCCAUCGUCUCGGCCGGGAGCGAGCUCUGCCUCCAGCAGCCCGUGGAGCGGAACCCGUGACCAGCCGGCCGCCCCUGGACGCUGCACCAUGGACAGGAGGACUCGGUUCUCCCGUGGAUGGGCAUCGGCUACAGCACCGCGGCAGCUGCCCACAGGCUCGGAGCCGCGCUCUGAAGCCCCAGGAGGAAAGCGUUCGUAAUGUGCAGGUUCCAAAACUUGUUCUGAUUUCUCGUGUGCAUAGCAGGGUGUACAUACCUACACAGCCUGUACAGAUGACCCUCUAUAUUUCUAUUUUUUAAGACUAAGAAAGAGGUAAGACUAAUGUUCUGUGUUGUAUGUUUUUAAUGAGAAAAGUUUGACUGUAGUUGUCUGGGCAAAACUUUAAUUCAACUGAUCGUUCCACUGGGAAAGUCCGCCAGGAAGGGAUGACCCGAAGUUUCCUAUCAAGCACAACACGGGGAGCGGAAGCGAGCGGGAGAGCCAGUAACUGGCACAGCGUGGAGAGAGAAUCAGGCAGGAGGCCUCCCCGGAGGCCCGGGCCCGCGUGCGGGGCAGUGUGACCGCUGGCUCUGACGGUGUCCC